GUUGUUUCUAGGGUUACGCUCUUUCCCCGCUCAUAUAAAUGUCUGUCGAACCAUCGGUCACCGUUUUCGGGCUCCAUACGGUUUAGGGUUUAUCCAUCGACCAACAAUGGCCUUCAAGAGGUACGUCGAAAUCGGAAGAGUGGCUCUGGUAAAUUAUGGAAAGGACUACGGGAAGCUCGUGGUUAUUGUCGAUGUCGUCGAUCAGAACAGGGCUCUUGUCGAUGCACCUGAUAUGGUGAGGACCCAAAUGAACCUGAAGAGGCUCUCACUGACCGACAUCAAAAUCGACACUAACCGUGUCCCGAGGAAGAAGUCUCUCAUCGAAGCCAUGGAGAAAGCUGAUGUGAAGAACAAAUGGGAGAACAGCUCGUGGGGAAGAAAGCUGAUUGUUCAGAAGAGAAGAGCUUCACUCAACGACUUUGACAGGUUCAAGGUUAUGUUGGCCAAAAUCAAGAGAGCUGGAUUGGUGAGGCAAGAACUUGCAAAGCUGAAGAAGGAAAGCUCAUCAUAAGUGCAUCAUAUUGUACGAGUGAAUCAUCUUUUUUUGGUCAGUCGUGUUAUAAGAAUUUGCUAAAUUCAGUGUUCAUUACAUUUUUUUACUUCAACAUCGUCCUUUGUUAAAAAAAAGGGGGGAAUUUUCUUUUU